CCGCCCCGAUCAGCUUGUAGUUCUACCUCCAGUCCUGUUGGUGGCAGUACAUAAUAAAGCUGCCCGAAAGCGCAGCGCAGGCGGCGUUUCUCGUUUGGCAGCGUGAGAAGCGGCAGCGAGAGACUCCGUCAUGGACAUCCGGCCCAACCACACCAUCUACAUCAACAACAUCAAUGACAGAGUCAAGAAAGAAGAGUUGAAGCGCUCCCUGUACGCGCUCCUGUCGCAGUUUGGCCAGAUCCUGGACAUCGUGGCCACCAAGACCAUGAAGAUGAGGGGCCAGGCCUUUGUGGUCUUCAAGGAGCUGGCCGCCGCUACCAACGCCCUGCGCCAGCUGCAGGGCUUCCCCUUCUACAACAAACCCAUGAGGAUCCAGUACGCCAAGACGGACUCUGAGGUCAUCACCAAGGUGAAAGGGGCGCACGGCGACCGAGACAAGAAGAAGGACAAGAAGAAGAAACCUCAGGAAGCCGUCGCCCUGGCCAAGAAAGCCGUGGCGGUGCCGUCGAUUCCGGCUCACCUUCCGCCCGCGCAGGUCCCCGACAACCCGCCAAACUACAUCCUGUUCCUCAGCAACCUACCCGAGGAAACCAACGAAAUGAUGCUGUCCAUGCUCUUCAACCAGUUCCCGGGCUUCAAGGAGGUGCGUCUGGUUCCCGGCAAGCACGACAUCGCCUUUGUGGAGUUUGAAGGCGAGAUGCAGGCGGGCGUGGCCAAGGACGCCCUGCAAGGCUUCCGCAUCACCGCCACCUGCGCCAUGAAGAUCACCUUUGCCAAGAAGUAGUGUCAGCCGGCCGGCCGGCAAGGCCCGCACGCGCGCGCCUGCCAACGGUACUAACGGACAAUUGACAUUUUACCUUUGCUCUGCUACUUUUUUGUAAAGUACCCAAAUAAAAUUCGGUUUUUUUUUUACUCAAA